AGAGAGAAAGAGGGGAGAGAGAGUGCAAACGACGGGAAUGAAAGAGGAAUAAAACAGCGAGCCCGACAGCUAGCUGAAGAAAAAAAGGGAGCGACGUCGCACAGAAACGAGCCACCGAGGAGGAGACAGACCCCGGGCCAGACGACCCCGUUAGCGCGGAUACAGGGAGGCACAGAGGGGGGGAGGAAAUAACGGGAGAAAGGCUCGAUAAAUAACGCAAGAAGAGGGCAGACGUUAUCACCAGGCAGGCAUGGCAGAUGCAGAGCUGGACUUCACGACGGGCGACGCUGGGGCAUCCGCCACCUACCCCAUGCAGUGCUCGGCCCUGCGCAAAAAUGGCUUCGUUGUGCUGAAAGGGCGACCCUGCAAGAUCGUUGAGAUGUCCACCUCCAAGACCGGCAAGCACGGCCACGCUAAGGUCCACUUGGUUGGUAUCGACAUCUUCUCCGGUAAGAAGUAUGAGGAUAUCUGUCCUUCCACCCACAACAUGGACGUCCCCAACAUCAAGAGAAUGGAUUACCAGCUGAUCGGGAUCACAGAUGGCUACCUGUCCCUGCUCCAGGACAGCGGGGAGGUGAGAGAGGACCUGAGGAUUCCUGAGGGAGACCUGGGCAAAGAGAUAGAGAGCAAGCACGAGGCCGGAGAGGAGAUCCUGAUCACCGUUCUAAAUGCAAUGGAAGAAGAAGCUGCAAUUGGCAUCAAGGCCUUGGGUAAAUAAGCCACUGCAGGGGCAAUCGAGAUGCACUGGACCUGGGGAAAAGGAGGGGAUAUUGCCUCGUCAAUGCUAUUCUCCCUCUUUUUUCUUUCUCUUUCUUUGUUUUUCAUACUCUCUCUCCCUCACUCUGUUUUCUGACCCUCCUUUGGGUUCAAUUAGAAACUUUAAUAAAUAAUUGGAAACGGUAAACAUUCUCUAUGUACAUGCACACAUAAUAAAGCCACAUCUGAGUAAAAGAUUUUUAAAAAUGGUCGUAGAGGAAGGUCUCUCACUAAGGACUGAGGAGGUCUACAAAUAUUCAGUAGCUACCUGCCAUCAGGGGAAAGAAAGGUGGUGAUAAUGUCACAACUGUUUCGUUUUUUUAUAUGUUCCCCCUGUUCUAUGAAGGGCUUCAACUCUAGAUCUGCAUUGUUCUGUUGAAACUUGUCUAUUAAACAAAGGUUACCAACAUGGCACACAAAAGGUUCGGUUUCUUUUUGUCUCCAGCAGUUAAAAGCGUCAAAAGGAAACAAAACUCUGCUUAAAAAAAAAGUCCUUCAGCCAAACCUCAAUUUCAACUUCAGCCACUCCUUAAAACCCCCUCUGCACACAGCCGUUUGGAGAAAUGAGUAUGAAUGAGUAUGUUUGGCUCCAUUCAGGAGGCAGAUAAGUUUGGUUUCCUUACUUUGUGUUCAAGUCCAAACUGUGCAGAAUGUCUCCAAAACACAAUAAAGACAAACUGUUGGACGUGA